UAUUAUUCUUUGUUAUUAUAUAUAUAUUAAUAUAUAUAUAUAAUAAAUAAUACAAAUAACAUAUGUACAUAUAUAUAGAUAUAUUAAUUUAUUGUAAAAGAAAAAAUGUAGUCGCUCCUCUUUUUCAUAAACAGAGCGAUUAGUUUUUACAGUUCACGACUAAACUGAAAGUUUUUAAGAAUUCUAAAUAUAUCCUCAAACCCAGAAACACCGUUGUUGUUGUUGUUGUUUUUACAUCGGGAUGACUGGCGUGGACUUUGGUUUCAGUGGAUCUGACCGGAUGCAGAUGAGGAUACUUCACGGCCUCAAUUUCAAAAUAAAAGCCUUUCCUGAGCAGGGAGGCGUGAAGCGAUCGAAAGGAACUGUAACUUCCUGCCGUAAAGUAAAACAGUGUCAGCCCAACAGAGGAACCAGUGAAGCACACGAUGUAUCUACUCGGACACUUUUAGUAUCGCUACACCGGAAACGUGUGCGUCGUUGUUUUCAUUCCCCCCCCUCGGUCUCCAGCAUGAAGGAGUUCCCCUCGGCUCUCCCGGUGAGCAUGGGCGCGCUGCUGCGGGCGGCCCUCCUGGAGGACCCCGCGACCCGGGACGCCGGCCUGUGCGUGGUGGGGGUGUUCGGGAAGAGCGGCUCGCAGCUCGGGCCCCAGAAGGAGUCGGUGCUCAACGACCUGGCGGACAAGCACCUGUUCCCGCUGUUCGGCGGGCCGGAGGACGGCGGCACGGCGGACAGCCGCAUCCAGGCCUUCCACCACCGGGAGGGCCGCGUGCUGUACCUGCUGCUGUCCUCCGUGGGCGACAGCCGGCAGCUGCUGCGGGCCUGCGAGGCCCUGGGCGCGGGCACGAGCCACGCGGACGCGCACGACGUGUGGAAGGACCUGGACCGGCAGCACUGCCUGCACCUGCUGUACCUGUUCUCCGUGUGCCACGUGCUGCUGCUCGUGCACCCCAACCAGACCUUCGACGUGACCCACGACCGGCUGUUCCGGGCCCUGGACGCACUGCGGCAGAAGGUGCUGCCCCUGGUCCGCGCGGCCAUCAAGGACUGCCCGGUGUCCAAAGAGUGGAAGCUCAACUGUCGGCCAUGUCCCCCCAGGCUGCUGUUCGUGUUCCACAUGAACGGCUCUCUGAAGGUCUCGGCCACCGAGUCCGGAGGAAACCCCGACAAGCCCAAGAAGCACUCCCCGCGGCGCCGCCUGCAGCACGCGCUGGAGGACCAGAUCUACCGCAUCUUCCGGAAGAGCCGCGUGUUGACCAACCAGAGCAGCAACUGCCUGUUCACCGUGCCCGCCAACCAGGCCUUCGUGUACGUGGUGCCGGCGGUGGACGAGGACCCGGUGGGCGCCCUGCUCAGCCAGCUGCGCUCCAACUGCGCCCUGCGUGAGCCGGACUCCGCCCCCCCGGUGUCCGGGCCACGGCGCUACCAGCAGACGCGGCGCUCGGCGCGGCCGCCCGACGGCGGCGGAGGCGUAUUGCUGGGCGGCCAGCCGGCCGACUGCAGCAUGGCGGAGUUCCUCUGGCAGCACGUGGAGCUGGUGCUCACCAAGAAGGGCUUCGACGACAGCGUCGGGCGCAACCCGCAGCCGGCGCACUUCGAGCUGCCGGCCUUCUCCAAGUGGGUCCAGGUGGCCUCCCGGAUCCACCAGGUGCUGGUCGGCGACGCCGCCGAGGAGGACGUCGCCGAGCUGGCGGCGAAGGUGCGGGGCCAGCUGAAGGUGCUGGAGGGCUUCCUCGACGCCGACGCCAAGUUCUCUGACAACCGGUGCCAGAAGGCGCUGCCGCUGGCCCACAGCGCCUACCAGGCCAACCUGCCCCACAACUACACCACCACGGUGCACAAGAACCAGCUGGCGCAGGCGCUCAGGGUGUACAGCCAGCACGCCAGGGGCGUGGCCUUCCAGCGCUACGCCCUGCAGCUCCACGAGGACUGCUACAAGUUCUGGAGCAACGGACACCAGCUGUGUGAGGAGCGCAGCCUCUCGGACCAGCACUGCGUCCACAAGUUCCACCUGCUGCCGCAGCCGGGAGAGAAGACGGACAUGGAGCGCAACCCGCCCGUCCUUCACCACAACAGCAGGGGGCGCUCCACCAGCGCCUGUAACUGCGGCAGGAAGCAGGCGCCGCGCGACGACCCGUUUGACGCUCAGGGCGCCAACUACGACUUCUACCAGCUGCUGGAGGAGAAAUGCUGCGGGAAGCUGGAGCGGAUCGAGUUCCCCGUGUUCCAGCCCAGCACCCCCGACCCGGCCCCGGCCUGUAACCGGGCCCCGGGCCCCCCCGGCGAGGCCUCGGCGGCCAGCGACGCGGAGCGGCUGAAGGAGCCGGGCGCCGCCCACAGCCACACCCCCCCGGACGCCAGCCUCAGCCUGGCUCUGAGUCUGGGCCAGUCCACCGACAGCCUGGGCCCCUACGGGGACGCCGAGGGCGCCGAGACCCCGGUCCAGCAGAAGAGGCCCAGCCUGGUGGACCGGCAGCCGUCCACGGUGGAGUACCUCCCCGGCAUGAUGCACAAGGGCUGCCCCAAGGGCCUCCUGCCCACCUUCUCCAGCUGGGCGCUCCUCCAGCUGGGCCCGGCCAAGGCCUACAACUGCCACGCCGGCCUGGAGCAGCCGGGCUUCCUCCCCGGCUCCUCCUUCCUGUUGCCGUGGGACCUGGUGAUCCGGUCUCGGUCGGAGGAGGACUCGGGGCUGACGGAGCCGCUGGACGGCGCCGCCUCCUCCUGGCCGGCGCCCAACAAGACGCCGGCCGGGAAGCGAGGGAGCGCCGGGGGGCUCGGCCGCAGCCGCCGGAGGGACGACGUGGCGCGGCUCUUCGUGGGCUUCGAGUACGAGGACGCCCGCGGCCGGCGCUUCAUCAGCUGCGGCCCGGACAAGAUCGUGAAGGUUCUGGGUCCGGGCGGCGCCAAGGACUCUGCCUCCCGGGUCCUGAACACCGACAUGCCGCUCUACAUCCCGUCGCCCUCGCAGGGCCGCGGCCUCAAGGCCCACUUCGCCCAGCUGACCCGGCUCUUCGUGGUGGUGCCCGACGCCCCGCUGGAGGUGACCCUCAACCCUCAGGUGCAGCCCGGCCCCGCCCCCUGCCCGGUGUUCCACCCCGAGCAGACGGACUUGGUGCUGCCGCCUGACGGCUUUUGGGUUCUGCGGUUCCCUUAUUCCUACUCGACGGAGCGCGGUCCCUGUUACCCCCCCAAGGAGAACCAGCCCCUCAACAACCACAAGGUGCUGCGAGGCAUCCUGAAGGCCACCGCCGCCAACCCGCCCCCCCAGUGAGCCCAGACCGCCUGGAGGAAGGGUUCUUUACUCGGGAGCAGAAGGUUUGAGUUUAACAGUCGCUGAAACCCAGACCCUAUCAGACCCUAUCAGACCCUAUCAGACCCCUAUCAGACCCCUAUCAGACCCCUACAGACCCCUUCAGACCCCUUCAGACCCCUACAGACCCCUACAGACCCCUACAGACCCCUUCAGACCCCUUCAGACCCCUUCAGACCCCUUCAGACCCCUUCAGACCCCUACAGACCCCUAUCAGACCCCUAUCAGACCCCUAUCAGACCCCUAUCAGACCCCUUCAGACCCCUUCAGACCCCUACAGACCCCUACAGACCCCUACAGACCCCUUCAGACCCCUUCAGACCCCUUCAGACCCCUAUCAGACCCCUUCAGACCCCUACAGACCCCUUCAGACCCCUACAGACCCCUUCAGACUCCUUCAGACUCCCCUUCAGUCCCCCCUUCAGACUCCCCUUCAGUCCCCCCUUCAGACUCCCCUUCAGUCCCCUACAGACCCCUACAGUCCCCUACAGACCCCUACAGACCCCUUCAGACCCCUACAGACCCCUUCAGACCCCUACAGACCCCGUCGGGUCGGACCUCUCGUUAGUUUUUACACACACAUUUAAAUAAACCCACUUUGCUCCCAGAGGAAGAACAUUUUCUAUUUUGAGAUUUAAACUUUGAAGUUUUUACUUUAUUUUUGAAUCGUUUAUUUUCUGGUUUAGUUUCACAUUCCCAAAAAAAAGUAUUUUAUGUUUAAACGAGUUGAACAUCUUUAAUUCAGUGGAAUAAAUCCUUUUUAUUAAAGUCUGAAACAAACUGAAUGAAGACAAUAAAACCUUUAAGAUCAUUUAUUUGACACACUUCAUAAAUUAUGCUAACUUUUAGUUUUAUACCGAAACAAACAAACAAAACGUUUUCAGACUCGUACGUAAACAAAUAAUAAAUAUACAUGUGUACUAUGUGUACUAUGUGUACUUCUUCACGUGUUCAUGUUUUUCUGUAAAUAAAACAAGUGCUUGUCAGGAUGAUAAAGUGCAUUCUCCGGUGUGUCCACCAGGGUGCGCUGUGCUCCGCGAGGUUCAACCGGGAGACGGAUUUACUUCUGUUGUUUUUAUUCCUUUUGUUCUCAGUUUUAAUCUGGACACUUUAACGCUUUCCUGGCAUUCAGGAUUUAAUUUAAUAUUUUUCUUAAUUUUUACAGCAUUAAAAGUUAUAAUCUGA